AGGCCUAAUUGCGGCCUACUGUCAGACAACAAAAUAAAAAAUAUUACGAUGUCGCCUUGGACAGACAUUCAUCGAUUUCUAUAAUUUGGGUUUUAAUUAUUUUUACUUCGCGUUCAGUAAUCUUAGAUUUGGCAAGUUUCGUUGUAUGUGAAUGUACAGUUUUUGUUCAAUUCAAUGUUAAUUUCACUAAAUUCUGUAAAGUAGAACAUAGCAAAUUUGUUAAACAUUAUCUUAUCAAAUUAAAGGUAUUAAAGGCUGUGAAUACACAAAUCGUUAGAGUAAAUUAAAACUAAACAAUUAGUUUCCGUAGUUUACAAUUACGACUUGGUAAAACGAGGAUAAUGUCUUGAUGCACCGUAUCGGCGCCAUGUUGUCAUUUAGUUGAAUCAACACGAAUCCUGUUAUGGGUGUACUCUUGUGGUGUUUAAUUAGUGCGUGAGCAUGUUGGAAGAUGUUCCUGUCCACGGUAGCCGGAGCGAUCUUAGGAGCCCCAAGAUCGCGACGCAUCAACGGAACCUCAGUUUGGAUUUCAGACAUGUGACGGGUGCGAGUGGGCCACCGGCGGGAUGUGGCCACCAGAGGAACAGAUCGCUGGACUCGGUCCUACAGAGGAUACCGGAGGACAUGACGCCAACGUCGGGCGAGGGCGCACCGCUGCGGCUGCCAGGCGACGUCGCGACGCCGCGGCUUGCGCUGCCCCCCGGCGUCCCCGCGGGCUCCGACGACUCCGGCAUCCACACACCACCUGACGGUGCCGACGAGGAUCGGCCGCAGCCGCCAGCCGCCGCGCGCAGCCGCGAAAGCCUCGACUCCGGCAAUCCAGAAGACACAGAUAAGCCGCCCGACCCUCCCGACACUAUACCGUCGAUACCCAGUCACAUAUCCACCGUGGACACCUCCAAAAACAAGGGCUUUCUUCUCAGACUAUUCGAAAGCAAAUUGUUCGAUAUGAGCAUGGCGAUAUCAUACCUGUUCAACUCCAAAGAAUCGGGUGUCCAGACGUAUCUGGCCAAUAAGAUGUUCUCGUUCCCGUACGAGGACGUGGACUUUUACUUGCCUCAGCUGGCGACCAUGUACAUAGAGAUGAGCGACGUGGCGGACGUUCUGCGGCCGUACUUAGUGCACCGCUGCAAACAGAGUGCAGAGUUCUCGCUGCGGCUCGCGUGGCUAUUAACGGCCUUCGGCGGCGACUCGAAGAGGUCCAAGGCGGCUAAGCUGCGGGACUCAAUACUCGCGGAGGAGAUAAGGCCGGCGGCGCGGCGGGGUCACCACAGGUCGCAGUCGGACGCUUCCGCGCUCAGGAUCACUACACCCUCGGGUCGGCACCUGGGCGACCUGGCGUCUGGCCGCGCCUUUGACAACGGCUGCCUCUGCGGGGAACAAUGCUCCUGCGGCGCCCCCAGAUUAGCUCCACAAACACAGUUUCUUACGGCGUUGACGAACAUCGGUCGCCUGCUGGCUGGCGUGGCGGAUAAGGAGCGUCGGAACGGGCGUUUACGAGCAGAGCUGGCCUCACUCGAUCUCAAUCUGCCGGCGCGUGUGUGGCUACCGCUGCAUCACAGGCCUCACUAUGUGCUGAGGAUACCACCGCAUGCCGCUGCUGUGCUUAACAGCAAGGAUAAGGCGCCAUAUAUAAUGUACGUGGAAGUACUAGAGACGGAAGGGCAUGAACCGUUGCCGUCUCGCUUGCUCCCCCCCGCGCCGCCCGCGCCGCACUCACCCCCCAUCCGGCAUACGAAGAGCGAGGAGAACUUAGUACCCGAGUGGCCCUCGUUAGUACCUUAUACCGCACAUGAAGACGAUGCCGGUGACUGCUGGAGUCAUGAUGAUGAUGAUCUAGCUCAAUACACCGCUACUUCCCGUCUGCCCGCACCCGAUACACUAUCCCAGAUGUCGUGUAUGUCGGCGGCGUCGCUGCAGUCCGCGUCGUCGUGCGGGUCGCGCGAGUCGCUGGCGGUGGGCGCGGGCGAGGUGCGGCGCCGGCUGGCCGACGCCACCGCCGCGCCGCCGCCCAACGCCUUCCGACACGACCCCGCCGACCCCUCCGCGCUCGCACUCAAGGAAUCGUGGGAGAGUAAACUAGCUCGCAUGCGGUCGUCGUCUCCGUACGGUUCGCUGUCGGGAUGGCGGCUGCUGGGCUGCAUCGUGAAGGUGGGCGACGACCUGCGGCAGGAGCUGCUGGCCGCGCAGCUGCUGCGCCGGCUCAGCGCCGCCUGGCGAGCGGAGCGCGUGCCGCUCAAGCUGCGCCCAUACGAGAUACUCUGCCUGGAUGCGGAGUGCGGACUCAUACAGCCGGUGCUGAACACGGUGUCGCUACACCAGAUCAAGAAGCAGUCGGGGCGGGCGCUGCGCGCGUGGCUGGAGCUGGAGCACGGCGCGCCCACCAGCGAGGGCUUCCUGCGCGCGCAGAACAACUUCGUGGAGUCUGCCGCCGCCUACGCGCUCACCAGCUACCUGCUGCAGCUCAAGGACAGGCAUAAUGGUAACAUCUUACUGGACAGUGAGGGACACAUCAUUCAUAUAGAUUUUGGUUUUAUAUUCUCCACUUCACCGAAGAAUUUAGGAUUUGAAAGUUCGCCUUUUAAGUUGACGCGCGAGUUCGUGGAGGUGAUGGACGGUGAGGAUUCGGACAUGUUCUCGUACUUCAAGAUCCUGAUGCUGCGCGGGCUGCUGGCGGCGCGCAAGCACUGCGACCAGCUCAUACACCUCGUGGAGAUCAUGCGCAUGGGCGGGCAGCUGUCGUGCUUGCGCAGCAGCAGCGCGGUGUCGUCAUUCCGCGCGCGCUUCCACCUCGGCCGCACGGAGCAGCAGCUGCAGGCGCUCGUCGACCGCCUCGUGCGCGACGCGCUGCGCUCGCUCUCCACGCGCCUCUACGACAACUACCAGUACUACACCAACGGCAUUCUGUAGCCGAGACACCGCCUGCAGCAGUACCACUUCCACCUCGGCCGCACGGAGCAGCAGCAGCAGUAUACUGUGCUAGCAGUACCAUUUGCAGCAGUAUACUGUACCAGCAGUACCAUUUGCAGUAGUAUACUGUUCCAGCAGUACCAUUUGCAGCAGUAUACUAUGCCAGCAGUACCAUUUGCAGCAGUAUACUGUGCUAGCAGUACUACUUGCUGCAGUAUACUGUCCCAGCAGUAAAACUUGCUGCAGUAUCAGUAUACUACGCCUGCUAUAUUGGCUACAAAAGUAUAACAUGGCCAUGACACAUGAUAACAACAAUAUACUAUGGCCACGGUACAAGUUAUAGCAGUGUACUAUGCCUGCUGUACUAUGUUCACGUCAAGUUACAUCAGUAUACGAUAACCACGGCUCUUACAAUAUUGGUGACGAACUUAUCUGACUUUGGUAUUUGUUAGUGGUGAUUAACUGCGAUAUUUACAAAAGAAAAUUUUCUGACCAUCAAAAAACCUCUCUAAAUCUUCGAUAUGCCAUCAAAUGCUUGAUUUGUUUUGUUGAUUUCUUUUAUUUGGUUAAAUAUUCUCUUUCUAAAGAAAACAAUUUCGAAUGAAAUUUUUA